AUGACACCAAAACUCGGCCUCCUCCUCGCUGUGUACUUCCAGAGCCUGCUAGCCUUCCGUUUCAAUCGGGAACUAGUCGCCAAUGAAAAGCCAAUGUGCGGUCCCGGCGAGGGAUCAUGUGAAAUGGGUUCAUGCUGCUCAGAGAUAGGGUUCUGCGGCACCACAGCGGAGUAUUGUUCAGGCUCGCAGUGUCAACUAGACUACAGUCAUACUUGCGAUACGCUGGUGCCUCCUGAUGGCAGUGACACUUCAGAAAUACCCCGGCCACGGGUUGGAAAAGUCCCAUAUGGGCCCAUGAUCACAUCAUGCAAGAAUCCGGGGAUGGUGGCUCUGACGUUCGACGACGGCCCCUACAUCUACACCACGGAACUUCUGGACCUUCUCGCAGCGCACGAGGUCAAGGCCACCUUCUUCAUCACGGGUGACAACCGCGCCAAGGGACAUAUCGAUGACCCGGCGACGGCAUGGCCGAGUAUCCUGCGGCGGAUGUACAACGCGGGCCACCAGGUCGCCAGUCACACGUGGACACAUCGUGACUUGACUGAGGUCAACGAGACGGUGCGGCGGGCAGAGAUUAUUCACAACGAAAUGGCCCUUCGCAAUAUCCUUGGCCGAAUCCCCACGUACAUCCGGCCCCCAUUCCUGGAAUGUUCUGCUGGUUCCGGGUGCGAAGAAACCUUGGGUGACUUGGCGUACCACUCCAUCUCGGCCAACUUGGACACCAAAGACUACAUGUACGAUGACCCGGCCCUCAUACAGAGGUCAAAGGACCGCUAUUCCAGCACCCUGUCUCCAGAUUCGAAAGAGAACUCGUACAUUGUGCUGGCUCAUGAUGUUCACGAACAGACGGUACACAAUCUGACAGAGUACAUGAUCAGUCUUGCGAGAGAAAGAGACUACAAGCUCGUCACGGUGGGCGAAUGCCUAGGGGACCCUGAAGAGAACUGGUACCGUUCGGCAGAGACCAGGACCGUUGGGAAGAGGAACCUGUGCUCGGGACCGGCCAAACCGCAGGUCACAUCUGUCUCACCUCCGCUGAAUACGACUACCAAAAUAUCGCCCAACCAACGCUGCGGUGGGAGCACAGGAUAUAUCUGUCCGGGGUCCGGGUUUGGGGACUGCUGCUCCCACUGGGGAUAUUGCGGAUCGACGCCCGAGUUUUGUGGCACGGGGUGCGACAAUGACUUUGGGGACUGCGAUCCAUCCCCGCAGGGUGUUUUGGAUACAACGAAUGGCCUGUGUGGCGCUCGGUACUCUGCUACCUGUCUUCACUUUGCGGGAAAGACGUGCUGCUCAAAGUAUGGAUAUUGGUAUGUCCCGUUUCUCGUCGCCAAGUUUAUUGGUGUUCUGACCAUUCAAGUAGCGGGAGUCAGGUUGAGCAUUGUGGUGAGGGGUGCCAGGACGAGUACGGUCAUUGUGACUGAAAGACGGUAUUUUGGGUUCAAGGUACAUGUGGAAUAA